UAAGGAAACAUCUAUCUGUAAAGAAAUAAUAAGAAAAUGGCUUCCUCCGCAGUUGUGGGUGACAAGUAUAGAGACUACCUAAGUGAAGAAGAUAUGAAGAACACCACAUGGAGGUUUGGUCCUCCCAACUAUGACGACGUCAACAAAGUCUUUGAAGAAGGGAGAACUCAUGUAUGGCCUGAAGGGUCAUUGGAGGAGAGAGUGCAGAGGUUACUGAAGACUUGGGAAAUGGAAUUAGUCCACAAGGCUAACCCUGACGAGUGCAAUACUCUAGACCCUAAGAAAUUCAGACUUCAUGUCAAUGGGAAUAAAGGGUUGAGCUUGGAAGAAAUUGCAGCUCGUGGAGGAGGUUACAAUGUGUUUUUGCAGACAUCGUUGCCGGAGAAAUAUAGGAUUUAUAAUCCCGACGUUGAAACAACAAAUUCAUCUAAACUCGUGUUCCAAACAGCGUUUCGACGCGGAUUUGCCAUUGAAGUCCUGCAAGUUUAUUCAGGACCACCAAAGAUUGUGUACAGCUUCAGACACUGGGGUUACGUGGAGGGUCCUUUCAAAGGCUAUGCCCCUACUGGUGAAAUUGCUCAAUUUUACGGAAUGGGCAUUUUUGAGAUUGAUGAAGAAUCUAACAAGAUCGUCAAGGUGGAGUUGUUCUUUGAUGGCGGAGAAUUGCUUGGAGGACUAAUCAAGGGUGGCUCCUCCGAUGAAUUAGCUACAAGUGAAACAUCAUGUCCUUUCAUGGCAUCCAAGUAACCUUGACUUAGACACGUGGAACGUAUUAUUGUCACUCUAUGCUACAUUACUAUAUUUAGUAUAAUAGAAAGAACUAUGUCGUUUUUAGAAAAAAUUAUAAAUAAAUUUCUUAUGGUGUUCUAGAAAUUUUAAUUUUUAUAAUGUUGAUUGUGAGUUAAUUAUCAGAAGGAUUUGCUUUGUUGUAAAAUAUAGUAUGAAUAAUGGAUUCAAAGUGUAGACUUCUUUAUUAAA